AUGUGGGAUGCAAUGACACUUCAACAGAAGCGGGCCUUUGCAACAGAUCCAACAGUUGCACCUGAUCAAGAUUCUGCACCAACAUUCAAUCCAACCGGGGCAGCAGGUGCUUAUACUGCAACAACUGGCAAUGAUCAAAAUCCUCAGGCAGCCACUACUACCGACUUGGUUCCUCCACCUCAAGUUACAAUGGUUGCAGGCUUACAGGUCUGCUCAAAGUCCUUAAAGGCAGCUUACUUGCAUGUUGAUAAGUGGAUAACCAAGUGGCAGGCCAAAGUGGUCCACGUGGCCAAGAGCUCUCAUUGUGAAUUUGUUCUGAUAGGAAUAUCCAACCACCUCUCGGCACACAGCUUCCAAUUCACCCGCACACUUGCUUGUGAAGCUGCUACCGGCCUGCAAACUUGUCUUGGAUCUUUUGUUGCUGAAGAGACCAAUGGCUUGAAACGGUCUUGGAGCUGGGGUGACUGUGACAGUCAACUUGGUGCUAUUGGUUUCAAGCUUGUUUUUCUUCCUGGCGCCAAGUCCAACCCAAUAUGGCUCAAGACUCUGAGCCGCGAACUCAAAGUUCCUAUGAUCACACUUAUUAAUCACAACCUCAAUCAGAACCUCAUUUGUGUAGUGGCCGAUCAAGAUGCAUUGCUUGGCGUGGUUCCUUGUCACAAGAAGAAUCUUCAAAAGAAGCAACCACCUUGCACCACUGAUGAUACCAACAGCAAACUGGGAGCCCCGACCACCUCUGCCGACUCCAUAACCAACCAACCCAAAAAUGAUGAAGGCGAAGACGAAUGA